AUGUCCGUAGACAUCAACUGGGAGACCCUCACUGGAGGCUCUGAUGGAGCAGCUCUGGCUGAAACGAUCCGGUCAUUUGUUCACGAACGGUUCCAGAGCAUCCCGCUUCCCAAGCUGAUCCGCUCGGUCAGCGUUCACGGGUUUGAAUUUGGCAAGGUAUGUCCGGACAUCGUGCUGAAAGACAUCACCGAUCCGUUGCCGGACUUCUACGAAACCGACGAAGGCGAAGACGCGCAUGCAACAGGCUCUGAUGGUGAUAUUACGAGAGCGGACGUUCAGCCGGACUUCCAACACUCGCAGACCCGGCAUGUGAGAGGCGCUGAAGGCUCUCGCCGUCUAUCAGAGAUACAGAUUCUGGACCGCGCAAGCACCACUGGCCUGACGCGAAAUGCUGCACCUGGGGUGCUAGGCACCACAUCGAACCUGGGCUACUUUCAUCUUCCUCUAUCUGCAGGUCUGCCUGGCACCCAGACUCCUCUCGCUGCAGUAGCUGGUGCACAUUAUGCUACAGGAAAUCAGGCGGCCCCAAUCAGAGACGGACAUCCAGAGUCAUUCAGCUCCGCUUCACCAGCGUCCGCGGCUACGCCCACAUCAUCACAUGGCCAUACCUACUUUGAUCGGCCUGCAGAAUCGAACCAUUCGGGUCAGGCUGGUCAACCAGAGCCUUCAAACGAACACCAAUUUGACCAAAGCCCCGAGGAUCUGCAGAUCGUAUUUCGUGUCACAUAUUCAGGUGAUGUGAGACUCUCGUUGACUGCCGAUGUGUUCCUCGAUUAUCCCAUGCCUAGCUUCGUGGGGAUACCGCUGAAAUUGAGAAUCACUGGUCUGGCUUUCGACGGCGUUGGUAUCCUGGCGUACAUCAAGAAGCGGGCGCACCUUUGCUUUCUUAACCCAGAAGACGCGGAUGCACUUGUGGGCGGAGAGCAUGGCCUGGACCCUUUCGACGAUUCAGGCCACGACGAUCAUGAUGCUUCGAAGCCAGGACGAGUUGGUGGGCUGCUGGAAGACAUCAAGAUCGAGAGCGAAAUGGGUGGCACAGACGGCGGAAAGCAAGUCCUGAAGAACGUGGACAAGAUCGAGAAAUUCAUCCUCGAGCAAGUGCAACGCAUUUUCGAGGACGAGUUUGUUUAUCCCAGCUUCUGGACUUUCCUGGUCUGA